CGUGUGUUGUUACUUCACACUUCCGGCCAGGAAGUGCCUUCUAAGCGGAUUCGUUUUCAUGACCUGUGCUGUCGCAGGUAAAAGAACCGAGAACUGGUUAGCUAAAGUUAGCUUUAGAAGGUUUAGGUUAGUUCCGUUUAGAGGUACCGUCUGGUUACCGGUAGGUUCUGAACAGCUUACCGAAAUGCGUGGGAAGUGACGGACCGGAGACUGAGACCGGUGUUUGUCAAGGAACCUUGCCUGGAUGCCUUGGCCCCGCUCCGGUUGUCAUCAGGAACCGCCAAUACGUGUUCCAGUCGGUUCCAAUCCCAAUGUUGAUGUUCUACCGAGGCAUGUGUUCUCCGUUUGUUAGCUGUUGAGGACACACGGGCUAGCCUUGGCCAAGAAUACACCGCGGUAUUUUCAAAAGGACGGCGAAUCAUAAGCCGGCAGCUACUUCUGGGACAAUUUUCAAGUUUAAAAGAAGGACAGACUGGACAGUGCCCUGGUGAGAAACCACCGUGUUCGGACCGGCUCCAGUCUGAGGUCUGAAAGAUGAACCCGCUCUCGGUCCUGUUCCUGCUCGCAUCAGUGGCUGAGUGAAGAGCUGACCAGGAACAACGGUGGUGGCAAAUCCCAGUUGGGUCUGUGAUGGAGUGAUGCACGCCUGGAGUGAUUGCCAUCUCAUCCACAGUUUUCCAGCUGGGUUCCCUGGUUGCAGAGCCUGUUCCUUUCUCCUCCUGGCCCUGACGCCGGCUCCUCAUGGCUUCCUGGGAUGUCCCUCUCUCCUGAUACCAUCUCAUGUCCCCCCUCACUUUCCCUCAUCUCAUUUGCCUCACUGCUGCUGCUGCUUUACUCAGUCUCUGAAAUUAUAACGGCACUGUUAGAAUAAAGAAUAAUUUUAAAAUAAAAGAAAUAAAAACGUCUAAUAUUUCAAAAGAUUGGUACCACAGUUUACUUGAGUACAACAUGUGUGGUCACUGGUCAGUGGAUCAACAUGCAGUGGUUCUGCUUUGCUUCUCACUGCGGGGUCCUUCCUCCUCCUUGGUUCAGGGUGAUGAACAAACACAGCAUCAGCCCUGAGUCUCACCUUGCCUUGCCACGUCUUAGUAAACUGUCCCUCCUCUACAUGUGCCUGUAGAGUGGUGUAUUAGUUUAUUUCCUGCCACAUUUAACAGUUUAAUUGCAGCCUUGUGCAGUUGAGAGCAGAACAUGUAGAGCCUUGAUAGAAAACAUGUUAGAGUGCACGUUAAACUCACUGCACACAGCUUUUUGUUAUUGUGAUCUCUGGUCAUGGUGAGGAUGCUCCUGCUGACUUGAGCCAACCAUUUUCUUCUUCUCUCUGCAUCUUUGGGUAAGCCAUAAUUCUGAUUCCUCCCUCAGACCGAUUGCUACAUCCACAUGCAACACAGCCAACCAUGUAAGAUAAUCAACCUAGAAAGGUAUUAAAAUACUAGUUUUAUAAAUAUAGACAUAUUGAACUAAACUAAAAAUAUAGAUGUAAAAAAACAUUUUUAAAUUUUAUCCAACCCUAAAAUUUGUAAUUUCAAAUUUCAACCCACGGACACAUUUUAUUUUAAUAAUAAAGUUUUUCAAGAGUUUUAUUAGGUCUGAAUUCUAACUUUCAAUAAACACUUUAAAAUGGAUAUUACAACUCGAGUUUAGGGCUUCUUGUAGGACUUACUUAUUAAAUGCUGUUAGAGCAGUGUGUUGCAUUACUACAUCAAAUUUAUUUCUAUAAUAUAUUAUAGUAAUGUUUGUGGUCUAAAUGUGUUCUACAGUGUGUUAGGACUGUCGUGUUCCUGUAAUGUAGAACAGUCACGGGUCUUCCUACAAAUGCUCGGAAAAAAAUAAAUAGGCUACUUUGUGAAGGAUUUAGGAUAUAAUAUAUAAUAUAAUAUAUAAUAUUAUUCAGUAAUUACCAAAAAUCGCCAGGGAAAUGUGACAAUAUUCAGUUUUUGUGAUUUGUCCCACUAUACGCCGUUCAAACUGACUUACGGCGCUGGGAUGUUUGGAACUAUUGAGAGCUCCAUGAACCACAUGACCGCGAGUCGGCGAGUUCAAAGCGUGUCGCAACUCUCUCUUUCUACAGCUAUGGUUGUACCUGUCCCAGUCACGUGACUAUGCCCUGGACUUGCAGGUGUCGUGUCUCUUCCUGCUCCAGCCAACUUGUCCGUCAGCUCUCAGAACUUGCACCACGUCCUCCGCUGGGACCCGGGACCCGGCAGCCCCCCGGGGACCCAGUACAGGAUCUACAGGGGGGUCUCUCCCAAACCAAUGAAGCGUCUACCCAAAGCCACCAACCAGACAUGGUUUCAGAUCAAACUGAACCCUGAGAAGCGGUACAAGCUUGCUGUGGAGGCCUUCUAUAACCAGACCUCGUCUCCAAUGUCCAACAGUAUCCCCUUCUACCCCGCCAGUGAAACUGUCAUCGGUCCUCCGGGCGUAUCAUUGGCUGGAUGUGGCACGUGUAUCCAGGGAAACAUUUCACAUCCUGUUUUUGACAGCCAGUCGGAAGUCCCCUUUGCUCCUCACUUCAGCGUGAUGUGGAGGAAAAAAACAGAGAACAACCAGCAGGAGCUGGAAACACAAAAGAAGAGUUUUACCCUGAGACACCUGGAGAAAGGUGUGGAGUACUGCAUACGGGUCAACACAAAGAUACGUAUAAACAAACACACCCUGCCCUCUAACUGGACCUGCAGCUUCACCAGUCCACCAAAACCACAAACAGACAUGCUGGUUUUUGCUGUGGUUGCCGUUGUUCUGCUUGUCGGUGCCGUGGUUCUGUGGUUUGGUCUCUACUACACUGGAUUCAUCUGUAAAGUAAAGAAGGCGUUGCCCCGGGGGCUGAUGAUGGCGCUGUGGCAUGACCCCUUCCUGACCCUGGACUGGACCGUCUCAGAUCCAAUCUCUAUUAGUUCUAAAACCAGGAACCUGAGGAAGCCUGUCCCUGUGUCCCAUCCACACAGGGACACUGACUCGGAGCUGGAUGAUGAUGAGGAGGACAGGAUAAAUCCAUACAUGGACCGAGACCCAGAACUUUCUUCAGGUAAAGGUUCAGACCAGGGUUCUGCUAACCCAAAACUGGAGGUGCUGAAGGAUUCUGGGAGUUUAUUGGUGAGGCCAUGUACAAAGAUGGAGGAGCUUCAGAUGGAUCGGUACGAGACCAAAUCAGGAGGAGAUUGCUUAUUGCAGGAGGCGGGGCCAGCCGGAGUCCAGGAACAAAUCACAGAUGAGAAACAAGAGGAAGUCCAGGAUAUCUCCGGGAAUGUCAACCUGUUUUCUGUCACACUUGCCUCGUUAGCUCCAUAUGAUGAAGAGGAGGAACAGGACUCCACAGAUUUUUUAAGAGUCUGUAGUGUGAAUCUUCUGGGCCAGGCAGCCACCCAGACUAAACAGAAUCAUCCAUGUCCUUUAAAUCCAGAAGGAAAGGUUUCUGGAUAUGACAGCAGGUGUGUGGACACCUGGAUUCAUACUGAUGAUGAAGAGGAGGAGGAGGAGGAGUUGCCCGAGUAUCUGACACACAGAUGAACUCUCGGACCCAUCACAUGACGUGAUUUUUAAACUGCCCUAAACCAGACAGGUUACUCAAGGGAGCUAAGGGGAGCCGGGCUCCCCUCAAAGUGGGAUGGGUGUGACGGGGACUUGUUUGGGUUUGCAAGCAUAAAUCUCCCCCAGAAGUCUGUGUGCAAUCAGCAGAGGUGUGGACUCGAGUCACAUGACUUGGACUCGAGUCAGACUUAAGUUAUUAUAUAAUGCCUCCUGACUUGACUUGAUAAAAUCUAUAAAGACUUACAACUUGACUCGGAUUUGAACGCCAAUGUCUUGCGACUUGAAUCGACUUGCAUCUGUUGACUUGAUGAUGACUUGAACAUAUUUGAUAUUUUAGCACAAAAGUGGCUCAACGUGGACAAAAAUCAUGACUCAUGCUUGGUUCUGGGUGUGAUGUUGUACUGCCAAAGGCUGCAGCACUUGUUUAGAAUCAGUUUCAGCUGUUUGAGCAAAUAAACAAAGCUUUAAUAAACUUUAUUUCUGGAAUUUAUUUAUUAUUGUCAUUAAAUAAAAGUUUGACAGAUGACUUGAUUAUGACUUGAAAAUUCAAAGUUAAGGACUUGACUUGGACUUCCACAUCAUUGACUUUGGACUCGACUUGGACUUGACUGGAAAGACUUGUGACUUGCAAAGCAGUGACAUGGUCACACCUCUUUGUAGCCUGGACUCGUAUCAUAUGUAUUUAUAUUGUAUGAAAACAGCUGAUGUCAUUCUGAUAGUUUACAUUUAAAUAACUCCCGCAUAAAUCCAGACUGGGACAGUGCCUCUGAAUCGUGUACAUAAACUGGUCUAUGCAUCUGUUUCUUCGUGCCUAAUCUGUUAAAGUUUAUCAGUUUGUGUUUUCAGUAAUCUAAAGAUGCCAGCAGAGAACAUGGGAGUUCUGGGAAAUAUUUUAAUGACAGCUUCAUCUGUUUAAAAGGUGAAAAGAUGCUGAGGUGCUAAAAUAAAAACGACUGCUUCAAAGUAA